AUGACCAAUGUGUUGUCUAGAUCAUUGGCUGCUCGAGGCGAAUCCAACAUAGGUGCAACAAAUGACGAAAAUGAUGAUUUAUCUACAGAGUCUACACCAUCAAAGACUAUAACAAAGUCGAAAAGUUUUAUAAGCAGAAAGUUUUCUUCAAAUUCACUAUUUGCUCAAGCAAACUCACAGAGCUCAUUUUCACAAUCACCACCACCUCCCCCACCAAAACCUGCUGCUGUUUCGAUACUGCUGCCGUCAAAAUUACUAAGAUCAUCACCCGUUCCCCGUCAAAAGAGUGCAAUUGCAUCCUCAUCAUCCUCUUCACUGUCAUUAAAUGCAUCAACUUCGACUCUACAACCUUCUCCCAAAACCAAAGCUUCGCCAAAAGUUCCUGCAUUACAACAACCACCUCCAUUGACACCACCUUCCGCCGGUUACAGACUUCCGAGGUCAGGAUCCUCGUUUGUGUCAUUAUCGUCUUACUCCUCGAUACCAAGUGCAAGUUCGGUAUCUACCACUGCAUCAAACAAUAGCAACGGUAAUAGCAGCAAUAACACCAACAAUGAUAAACUUAUACAAACAUUGCUAAAGCGAUACAAGAAAUUGGAACUAGCAUUGAACAAGUUUAACUCAAAGAAAUACAAUCACAACUCCAAUGGCACCAAAACUGUAAAUGGAUCUAUAAUGAAAGGAAACUUACUAAGAACGUCUUUGAUUCCCUUUUUAAGAAGUGCAAACCAAUUGGAUCAAUUUUUUGCCAAAGACUCCAAGGUGUAUAAAAGUUUAACUUGUGUUGUGUUGGCUAUAUUGAUAAAAUGGUGGAAUGCAUUGAUUGGAAAUUUGCGAUAUACUGCAAACUUGUCGGCCACUGCAUCCACCACCUCCGCAACCACCUCUAGCAACUCCAAAUCACCUUCAUCGCACACGUUGUCACAUUCCAUAUUAUCCAGUGUUGAACCCAUACAUUUCACUAGUAUACCUGCAUCUGAUCGCAACGCGUAUUUGGAAUGCGUUUCGCGAAUUAUUUCACGCGAUGACUGGAUUUAUUAUGAUGAGUUUAGUGAUUACCAAAUAUUACUUACAACAACGUUGGAUUUUUGCAUUGACAAAUUGACUACAUUGAAAACUUUGUCCGGACCAAUGGCUGCAUUUAUUGGAAAAGUUUUUGCAUUUAGUUUCUUUAAACUCCCAAAUGUUUCCACUGCAUUGUUGUUUUUGCUCAAUGUAAAACAAAUCACUUUGGAGACAUGUACCAAGAGCCUACCCAACACUAGCACUCAUGAUUCUCGAGAAUUGUUCAAUGUAUUUCCUCAGCACUUGCAUCACUUGAUUGAUUUCAAAGGCUUGCCGAAUUUAGAAGAUAGAGGGCAGAAAUGCUUUAUGAAUUGCACUCCACCACCUAAGCAUCCUGUUGAUGGAAUCAAAAACCCUAAUGGUGAUUGGGUUCGUCGUUGGUGUGGAUCAGACUCGAGCGUUUUCAACUCAUUUUUGCGUCAUUAUAUUGAAAUUGUGCAAAAAAGCUUACUACCGAUUAUAGAUGAUGAUGUGAUGAUUUUGCUAAAAUGUCCUGGAUUCAGUGUUAUUUUGAGUCAUGUUUAUCAGAUUUUUCACAUUGCAAUAACUCGAAUCACUAGCUCGUCAAAGCCAAAUUUCACUACUGCAGGUGGUUCUGUAACUAAGAGUGCCCCACUUCCGCCAAUACCAGCAAUGGCAAAUCGCAAACGGGAAAACGAUGAUUGUGGUAAUGGUGGCGGCGCACCUGCACCAGCACCAGCGUCAGCAUCAGCAGUCCCUCCACCAUCUCCUCCUCCGCCUCAUACUACAUUCAGCUCCAAUGGUCAACGAUGCAAGGCACCAGCUCCACCCCCACCUCCUCAAUUUAACAUUAACAUCAAGCAAAGUGACAUGUAUUAUAACUCAAUCAUCAAAAUUUUCAAGACUGUGCGUGAUGUAAUUUAUUGUGCUACCCUUGAUAACAAGUCUAUUGACUGCAUCAGUGCAAGCUUGGUCAAGGUUAUUGACUUGUGUUUGAUUUCAAUUGCAAAAGAGGUGACGAUUUAUGAUUUUAACAAGAAUGGAUUGAUUUUGGGCAUUGUUCAUGAGUUUAUCAAUCACGUUGAAAACAAUAUUUCCAAUGAAGUAAAGUAUCUCAUUAGCUGGGAGUUUUGGUUGAGUUGCAAUUAUAUGAUGAUGAGCCACUCGGAUCAUGUACAAAGUUUGUUGAAGAAUUUCCAAUUUCUUUUCAAUGUGUGGGAUAUGAUUCCUGAUGCAUUGUGCUCAUUUGUUCAACCGCAGCGUCUGGAAUAUGGACCCAUUGGUGAUAUCCAUGAUGAAAAUUACAAGUGGAUAACCAAUGUUGAGGAUUCAUUCAAGUUAAAUUUCACAAAUUAUCUCAUAAGUGAUGAUAUGUUUCGCACAAUGUUUGUUCAUUGGAACCCUCUCGUGAGGUCGUACUAUAUCAAGUUUUUGGUUUGGAGAGUAAUUGGAAUCAACAACUCUCAGUCAUCAGCAUCAAUACAAGUGACAAGGAAUUUACAAUUCAAAUUGGACCAAUCGUUUGACGCGUUGCAGAGGUAUACUAUGAAGUUGUGUAAUGAGCACAAGCCAAAGGAAUAUAGUGAAACGAGUGAUGUUACUUGUCGUCCAAUGUUUACCCUAAAUUUCAAACCAGAUAAUCCAUUAGUUAAUCGUAAAUUUGGUAUCUUACCUGCUAGUGUACGCGAUGAUUACUUGUCAAUUGGAAAUAAUGGCAGCUAUGAUAGUCAACAAUCGGACAUGUUUCAAACCUCAACUGCUGUCACUUCAGUAUCAAAAUCAUCUGAAUUGAGAAAAACCCACGCAUUUGAAAUUUUUGAUGAGGCUAUUUAUACUUGCGCCACUGUUGCACCAGCUUCAAAUGGAUCAAACACUCCACGAGAAGAUGAAAAGAGAAACGGCUCAUCAUCUUCGGGUUCAGUUGCAAGCUCAUUUGGCUCAAAGGGAACGUCGUUGGUUAGUUCCAUUGGAAGAUUAUUACGUAUUGUUGCUGAUGCUGGUGACGGCGAUGGCGAAGACAAAGAUGAUGGUUCUGAUGACAAAUUUGUUGAUCCAAAGGAAACAUUGGCCAAGCAUUCUGGUAAUGGCAACAUAAAUGCCAACGACAUUACACGAAACUCGGAGUCGUCCACUUCACUAUCUACGACUAAUUCCUUCAAGUCAAGGUCGUCGUCACCCAGUAUCAUGUCAUUCAGAUCCACCCCAACAUCAUUUACCGAGUCAUCAUCUGCAAAGUCGGAUAAUGAAUCAAUUUACUCGCUUGAUACGAUUAAGUUGAAUGGCCCUUUGCAAGAUGCAAGCUUUGGCGCACAACAAAGAAUGCAACAACAAUCUGGUCAUGGCAAACUGUUGACCAAGAAGAAACUGUCUCAAUUGUAUAACAUUCAACCGCCUGAGUUAGCGCGAUUACCACCAGAGAUUGUUCGUCCAAUUUUCAAGUUUGAUAUUAUUGUGUGUCAUGAAUCAAUUAAUGAAAAGUUUCAAAUAAUCAAUCACAAAAAUGCAUUAGUUCGUCAGCAAUUGUUUUAUAACUCAGAUGGUCAUUUGCCGUCAAUGUCAUCGAGAACUACAACUGCAACAAACGCGUCAUUCUCGUCGACGUCUACUGGGUCAGGCUCAAACAUGGGAUCAUCCAUUAAGUCUUCGGUGUUGUAUUUCCCUCAUCAUCCACAACUCCCUUAUAUCUCGAUAUUCAUCAAUUCUGAUUUGUACAAUAACAAGAUUGUUUAUAUGAAUGAAGAAGAGGAUGGAAUAUUUCUUGAGCAGUUUCACCCACAAGAUGUGUUAACUUCGGCCACCGAUUCCACGAGUGCGACCACGUCGCAAUCGGAUCAUAUGAGGACUGCCACUGCCUCGAGAUCUACUCCACUGAGGCAAAAUUUGAGAUCAGCCACAAUGUUCCCAUACGAAUCAUCAUCCAUGACCACCAUGAUCAAUUUGGGUAAAUCGAUGAAUGAGAUGAAUAUAAUCAUUGAUGGGUUUAGGAAAUAUUUGAGUAAACGGAUUGAAGCUGAUGCAUUCUACCUGAAUGCCGGUUAUGAUUUUAAUGAAGAUGGAGAUAAGCUUGGCUCUGCAAAUAUCGGAUUCCCUGUGUUUAGUGGAGGUAUUGAAGAGGAGAAUGAUGAAGGUGGUGGAGAGUCAAGUGGAGUUAGAUCUUUUACUGUUAAAGGCAAGGAUUUUAAUGAGUUUGUUUAUUUCAAACGAAUUAUACCGUUUUUGAGUGUUGACUCGAGCAAUGAGAUGAAGUUGUUGAAUGCAAGUUGA